GCCAACGUAGAAAAGACCAUCUUUCUAGGUCCAGAGCCCAUCAACAUCCCACCCUCGAGCCCUAGCCUCGCUGACCUCCACAUCGACGUCCUCACACCAGACAACUGGUCGCUAAGGACACACAUAAAAUCAAUAUUCCCGACGGCCGACCUGCCGCGGGGCACAGAAACAUGGCUCAUCCUUGAUGGCCUGAAUGAGGGGCAGAGAUAUGAAGUGCGCAUAUGCUGGCCUGCAAUUCAACCCACAGCCUUUCAUCUCGAGACCCACGAGCUUCCACACGUCUUUGACACGCCCACCCUCAUCACCUCGCUGUACAACUACUCCAUGUCCAGACAAUUUCCUCUCAACGCCGGUAAUCCUCAGGCUGAUACCCAUUCGUAUCAUCCUUCUACUUCUUCCUCCUCCUCUUCAGUCCUUUUCCUCCGCGUCUCCGCCGCAGCCGACUAUUUCACCCUCAACCAAACCCUCAUGAAAACCCCAGAACCCGUCCUUGCCGACCUCAUCUUGGACCCGUUCGUGUACAACGUCCUGCCGCGCAGCCUGGUGCCCACGGUGGUGUACGUUGUGUUUGUGGCCGCCGGGUCGUGGGUGCUGGCGACGAGGGUG